AUGGACAAACACCGCCGCCGUGAUGAGUCUCCCUCCGGUCUAUCAGAUAUUGUCGAGCCGGACGGUCUCUUAGGGACCGGCAUCACGUCGCGUCAUAUCGAGGCCUUCGGGCGCAAAGUCACAUCGACUGCUGGCCAUUUGAUGGGACCGGCUCCCGACUCCUCCAGCGGCGGCCACUACCACACUGCUAUGGCCGAUAUCCAGCGCGAAUUACGCCAUCCCAACACCCAGCGCAAAGUCUUUUCUCUCACCCAGACCACCCCUACCGAUCUGGUCCGCUCCAAGCUCUCAACCACCGAAAUUCAGUCGCGGGCCAUCUCCUCCCUUCCUGACGAACUCCUCGCCAAUAUCCCCGACGACUCCAGCUCGUAUUCUCUCUUCCAGGGCUUCCAGGCGUCGCAGGAUGACAUUGAGUAUCGCCGCGCCCAUCGUCGGCGCUCCUCCAAGAGCAAGAAGCUGUUGAAGGAUGGGGAGACACACGGCGCUUUGCCGUCCGCUCCGUCGGAUUUGAAGAAGGAACGGGACUUGCUGAGCCGCCGGAUGGAACUGAUGGGCGUUCGCAAGAAUAUGUGCAGCUCGGAGAUACACGACAUAGAUAACAAGAUCGCGAACUUACACAACAUGCGGAAGAUUGUGCUAGACCGAUUGGCAGGCCUGGAGAUGGAGGAGGCGGAUUUAGAACAUGAGCUGAACGAGAUUGAGAACAAAUUGGAGGAUAUCCAAGAAGAGCAAGAGGCCGAGGUGCCGCCUCCCGCAACUCCCAAGUCUUCCGAGGCCAACGAUGACUCGAUUGUUUCCGAAGACCCAGCCAUGGGUGCUUCCUUUAUGUCUGAAUCUAUCUACCAGAAGAUCCCUUCGCCGAAGAGCGUGAAGCAGCGAUCUAUAAGGAAACGAUCGAUGCCAGUUUUGCACGAACACUUUGCUCCCGGUUCUGAAAUCAAAGAGAUGCCGGCACACUCGGACAUGGUUACCGCUAUUGACUUCGACUACCCGUUUGGCACCAUGAUCAGUGCCGCCCUGGACGAUACGGUGCGGGUGUGGGAUCUCAACGUGGGCCGCUGCGUGGGCUUCCUGGAGGGACACAACGCAUCUGUCCGCUGCCUACAGAUUGAGGACAACAUUGUCGCCACUGGAUCUAUGGAUGCAUCUGUGAAGCUCUGGGAUCUGAGCCGGGCCCGGACCACAACUCGCGACAACCGCGUCACCCGACGGGAGGACGAUGAGGAAUCUGCGCAAGCUGAUGACGCCUCCAUGGCAUCUCACUCGACCACCCUGGAAGACUGCUAUGUAUACUCGCUUGAUGCGCACGUCGAUGAAGUAACCGCCCUGCACUUCAAGGGAGACACCCUGAUUUCCGGAUCCGCCGACAAGACGUUGCGACAGUGGGAUCUGGUCAAAGGGCGCUGUGUGCAGACGCUGGAUGUCUUGUGGGCAGCGGCCCAGGCGUCUACUCUAGGAAGUGAGACGACAUGGCGCCCGUCGGGACGCCUUCCGGACGCUUCUGCGGACUUUGUCGGCGCGGUUCAAUGUUUCGAUGCGGCGCUGGCCUGCGGUACGGCGGACGGUAUGGUGCGCCUGUGGGACCUUCGCAGCGGCCAAGUCCACCGGAGCUUGGUGGGCCAUACCGGUCCUAUUACAUGCCUACAGUUCGACGAUGUACACUUGGUGACUGGUAGUCAGGACCGCAGCAUCAGAAUUUGGGAUCUCCGAACUGGAUCUAUCUUUGAUGCCUACGCGUACGACAAGCCCAUCACCAGCAUGAUGUUCGACACCAAGCGCAUUGUCGCGGCAGCCGGAGAGAACGUUGUCAAGGUAUACGACAAGGCAGAUGGCCACCACUGGGACUGUGGUGCCGGGGUUGGCGUUGACGACAGUGGGCCGCAGCCGGCCACGGUCGAGCGGGUUCGGCUCAAGGAUGGAUUCCUUGUUGAGGGCCGCAAGGACGGUAUCGUCGCGGCGUGGACUUGUUAA